AUGCGCUCAAAGAGCCGGCGGCGGCGACGAGUUCUCAAGCCGAACAUGGAGAAACGGCUAAGCGAGACGGUGCCGAUGAGCAAAUUACAUGAGGAUCAGGCUGUACUUUACACGACGAUAUUCGUUGGAAAUCCUCCACAGCCACUGGACGUUCAGGUGGAUACAGCGUCUUCCUCUACUACGUUUAUACCCACGUCUCGUGGUGUAAAAAUUGCAUAUGGUGAUGGGACAGGUGUUGGUGGAGUCGUCUCGAAAGAUACAGUCUCCGUUGGAGACUUUGUUGUACACAACCAAACUCUCAUUGCGGUCGAGAGUGUACAAGGACAGUUCGACACUGCCGGUGUAUUUGGACUCGGCUGGCCGACACUCUCGACCUCACGAGGGAACCCAUGGUGGAUCAAUGCAAUCGACCAGUUUGACGAGCCUGAAUUUGGGCUAUACCUGACCUCACCAACCAACGUGACCAUUGCACCUGCCGGACAACUUACUCUCGGUGGACGGAAUGAAUCACUCCUUGACGGCGAGCCGCAGUUUGUACGGCUACUGGAGCAGAGCUUUUGGGCCGUUCCGCUGACGCAAGUCACUGUGACCACCAAUUCAAGUUCAGCUACCAAUACCGCGUCGACAUCUUCAUCAAGUGCGACUGUUAGUCUUGCCGGCGACGACGCUGUGGCUAUCCUAGAUUGUGGGAGCGAGCUCAUCUACGGACCGACGGUAUAUGUAGAUGCGGUCUACGCGAGCAUCGAAGGAGCUGUGAAGAAUGAAGCCGAUGGAGACGAUGAUGAUGGAUGGCUUUUGCCAUGUGAUACUAGAGCAAGCUUGGUCUUCUCAUUUGGGACCGUAGAUGUGGUUCUCCCUUCGUCCCUUCUGGUUCAGCCCUCGCCUAUUGCACAAUCUCCGGCGACCAGCACAAGUAGGACGAGUACGAGUGCGACUCCAAGUACGACAGCGCGGAGAUACUGUUCUGGAACUCUUGUUGGUGACAAUGAUGCUUCGACAACAAACGGUGCUUCUCCUGCGUGGAUCCUCGGACACGCGUUUCUCAAAGCGACCUAUACUGUCUUCCGCAAAGGGACGUCACCGAGUGUAGGAUUGCAAAGCUCAAAAGUGGCUACUCAACUUCUUCGAAUGGUGGGGAUGGGAUUGGGAAUGCGGGCGUGGGCGAAGAGGUUGUGA